ACUGUCUAGGUGUGGGCAAGGUAGAAAUGCCACAUGAUUCAAUAUAAAGAGCCACAUACAUCCACCUAGUAAUGAAACUAGUUAUACUACACUAAAAAAACAAAAAGAAAAAAAAAAGAAAGAAGAAGAAGAAGAAGAAACUUACCAUCACAAUCACACAGCAAAAAAAACAACACACCAAUGCACUUCCAACUCCCUAUCUCCUCUAUUUCUUGAUUCUGACGGCUCGGCAACCGCCCACGUUUUUGCACCAUCAACGCAUACAUAUACAACCUACAAAUCUUACAAACUUCUCCCACAUGCCCCUUCCACUAAACUAGAUCUCUCUCCCAUAGAAUUCCUUUCCCUUUUCCCCUUACAUUAUCACAAUAUUAGAGCAGUUGUUAAUCUUUGGCAUUUUGCUAGCUUCGGGUGUGCUUGUAACACAAAAAUGUUCACAGUUUGUGACCAGAUGUUGCAGUGCCCUCCUAGGCCAUUGCCUAUUGACAGAAAGUGGAAAUCCAAUGUUGAACUUGCUCCGAAUUGUCCACGUUGUGCCUCUGCCAAUACGAAAUUCUGUUACUACAACAACUACAGCUUGUCACAGCCCAGGUACUUUUGCAAAGGUUGCAGAAGGUAUUGGACUAAAGGUGGCACUCUUAGGAAUGUUCCUGUUGGUGGUGGCUGUCGCAAGAGUCGGAGAGGCAAGUUUAGCAGGGCCGAGAAAAGCGGUCAUCUUUCCAUGAAUUAUAGAAAGAAUUUAAGUAGUUUUGGCAGUCACCAGGAUGAGAUGAUUGGGGUUAGUAGUUCUCCUGAUGGGGACUCAGGGAAUCGACCAGAGCCUGCUAGCGGGUCGGAUAUUGAUCUAGCAGUUGUUUUUGCUAAAUUCUUGAACCAGAGCACAAAUUUUGAUCACCCUGAGGUUGUUACUCAAGAAUUGCCUAAUGAAGCUAAUGAAAGGAUUGAUGUAUGGAGUUAUUUGGAACAAGAUAUCAACAGCCAGAAUGGUUCAUCGAUGGAGAGCCAAAAACCAGUAGUUCCUUCAAUUCCAGAAUCUUUUAUGCUUCAAGAAACGCCUCAAGUUAAUCAACAGCAAGAAGAGAAUAAAAGUAUUGAGGAAUUGUUGGAAACUAAUCACAUGAAUGCAUUUGGGUUACCAAAUCUGUUAGCUGAUGAAACGGUGCAGGAUGCCUUGUGGUCUGAUGAUGCUGCAAGUACUACCCCAAACUUUGAUUGGCAACCAGUGCUGCAGCUGCAACAGUUUGAGUCCUUUCCAGUGGAUGAUCAGCUAAGGAUUUCUGCAAAUUUGGUGAUCGAAAAUUGGAAUUCCUUUGAUCUUUCUGGGUUUGGUCUUUUUUCAAAACCUUGAAGUUUAAGGGACUUUUCCAAUUUUAUAUUUCAUAUAUAUGCUAUAUUCUUUUUGAUUUACUUAAUUAUAAGGUAGCUUUACUAUUA